GCGACAUGUAAGCAGAGACGACGACAUUCUUGCCUGUCCCACUCCGAGACUGUUAUCUCAGCUGAUCUAGCUGUUCGCGCAGUUGUUUCUGUUCAUUCUUUUUGACGACAAAGACACCCCCUUCUUUCCCAUAAUGAAGCUGCGGGGAGGUAUUGCCAACUGGACGCCCAGGCGCAUUCGACAGCUAAACACCAACGAUGAGCGUUGGAAAUGAGACUCGGAAGUCGCGCACCACCCUCACUGGAGUCUAAACCCGAAGCGAAAAGUUCAUCAUGCUGGCAUAUAAACUCUAACCGGAGAUGUAUAUUAUUCGUUCGGGAGAAGUGCAAAACGUCUUAAUUCGUUGGUCUUGCUCUUGUUUCCUGAUACUAUCAAAGUGCAUCAGGAGAUACCCUCCCUCCAAGAGGAACUGGAUAAUCGCCGGUGUGUGUUGUAUAUAUUUGUUUUACGUCGUUUCUCAAGCGGCACACGUCUUGCCCCAGGACAGAUUUUCGGACAGGCACAAGUUCAAACGGACCAGGGGAAUCUUUACGCCCAAGUUUAAUAAUGCUUUCCAGGAUACGACCGGCUCUCCAAUGGCUCAAAACGCGGACGUGUCUUCCACUGCUUCUCCAAAAUACAACGUGGUGUACAUCACCCUCAAAUCCAAGCGCCGAAAACCAGCGAUCAUUAGAGGCACAGUACGACCAAAACUAAGGAAGAAGACUGUCAGUAAGAACAAGCGAAUCCGACCAAAUACUCUGAAUGAAGCUGACAAUGGAAGCGAAAGGAAAACUAGACAGGAAUAUGAAAGUGAGAUAUCUCCGAGACCAUUAAGAAAUGUUUAUCAUUCGCUUAAUGUUAACACACAUAACAGUGACACUGACUCCCAUUAUAGUUCUAUCAGAAUAUAUAGUGAAAGGGCUCCACCGUGGUUCAGCAAAGACGACAUCGAAGCGCUGCGCUUUCUCGCCGAUUGCAAAAUUACCGGGAUCAAAGAGGUGUCGUUCACUGGCCGUCGGAAUUUAUUGCUUUUUGAAAGCCAGACAGACGCUCCACUUAACUCUCCAGGUAAAUAUGAUCACGUGGGUGAUGAUUCCGUGUGCCAGGGACGUUGUGGUCUCAUCAAAAGACCUCUGGACAUGAGUGAAGUGUUCGCCUUUCAUUUGGAUAGGAUCUUGGGGCUCAACAGAAGCGUGCCAGCUGCAAGCAGGAAGUUCAGCUUCUUUCAUGACAGUCAGCCCAGUCCAGUGGUUCUGUGGGACCCCUCUCUAUCCCCAGCAGACAAUGAGGUCCAGUCCUCUGUCAGAAUGACCUGGGGCUCCUACCAGCGUUCCCUGAAACACAAGUGUUGGCACAGAGGCGUUGUACCCAAGGCAGAGUCUGGGUGCUCCAGCAUCCAUCAUUACGAAUGGAGCAGACUGGCUCUCUUUGACUUCCUGUUACAGGUGUACAAUCGACUGGAUAGGAACUGUUGUGGAUUCAGACCCCGUAAGGAGGACACUUGUGUGGAACUGGGAUUGCACCGGGACUGUGCUGACCAGGACAGCAUCGAGCUGGUCCACAUCGUCCACCGGAAACACGACCCCAGGCGACUGGUUCUAAUAGACAACAAGGGCUACUUUGACCGAGACGAGGACAAUCUGGAUUUUAAACUACUGGAAGGGAUUAAAGAGCUUCCGGAAGAGGCGGUGAGCGUUCUGAGCAGCCAGCGCCUGCGGGAGAAGCUGCUGCAGUCACUGUUCCUGGAUCAGCUGUACUGGGAGAGCCAGGGAGGCCGGCAGGGCAUCGAGAAGCUGAUUGACGUGAUCGAGAGGCGGGCCAAGGUCCUGCUCACUUACAUCAACGCCCACGGGAUCAGGGUCAUCCCCAUGGACAGGAGCACCUAGCCUCAGGAGCAGAACUCUGCAAGUGGACCUCUUUUUAAAAUCAUUUUUAUACCAUGCACCAAUAUACAGUACUUCAUUACAUGUGUUAUAGCGCUUUUUAUUACCAACGUAUAUGAUUCCAUAGCCGAAAUGUGGACAUCAAAAUAUUUACAGGUUUGUCUAUUGACAGAUAAUUCAGAGUAUUAACUAUGAUGUCUGCAUUUGCUACCACCAGAACAGUGUAUUGUUACAGUAGUCAGCAUAACAGUGUAGGUCUCACAUCAAGUUUACAAAUAUGCAUUCAGUGCCUUUGAAUGGAAGGUGUG